CUUCAGAAUAAAGGCGAUAACGCGGGUCAACACAUCAAUACUACUGCCUGUUCUUGUGCCUGUCGCUUUUAUUUUGAAGUUUGACAGCAGAAGCUCUCUCUCCGUCCUCUCUUCUUCUGUUCAGGUCCACCAUGUGGAGGUAGACGUUGUUUGGACGCCAUGAUGUCCCACAUCAGGAGGACGUUGUCUCUUGGAAGAAGCCGCUCAGCCGUCUGCGGGUGUCGAACCAGCAACCCGCCGGCUCGGUCCGGCUCCACCUCCAUCGAUGGUGCUGAAGGAGGGCUGGUCCUGCAGUCCCGGUCCACCGACGUGUACCAGAACCUGGCUCUGGAGGACUGGAUCGACGCCAACGUGGACCUGCAGCGGCGCGGCGUCCUGCUGCUGUGGAGGAACCGGCCGGCCGUGGUCAUCGGGCGCCACCAGAACCCGUGGACCGAGUGCAACCUGCCGGCCAUGAGGAGGGCCGGCGUCCCUCUGGCCCGGAGGAGGAGCGGCGGCGGGACCGUGUUCCACGACCUCGGGAACCUCAACCUGACGUUCUUCAGCUCCAAGAAGGCGUACGACCGGCGGAGGAACCUGAAGGUCAUCACAGACGCUCUGAGGAGGAUCCGUCCGGAGCUGGACGUCCAGGCCACCGAGCGGUUCGACAUCUUACUCAACGGACACCUGAAGAUCUCAGGAAGUGCGUCCAGGCUGAGCAGGAAGUCGUCCUACCAUCACUGCACCCUGCUGCACUCCGCCGACCGCUCCGCCCUCUCCGCCGUGCUCCGCCCCUCCUGUGCCGGCAUCCGCAGCAACGCCACGCCCAGCGUCCCCUCGCCAGUCGCCAACCUGCUGGACCACGCCCCCACGCUGCAGUGGGAGGAGCUUCUGGAGGCACUGGUGCACCAGUACAAUGCAGAGUUCAGCUUCGGUGCCGCCUCCACGCUCGUCGACCCGGCUGAUGAGUCGGCGUUUCCUGGCGUCGGCACGGCGGCGGCAGAGCUUCGCCGCUGGGACUGGACGUUCGGUCGGACGCCAAAAUUCAGCGUCGAAAACCUCCUGGAGCUGAAGGACGACCGGUCGGACGCCCGCUGCUCCGCCCGGCUCCACGCGGAGGUGAAGGGCGGCGUGAUGGAGAGCUGCGAGCUGGACGUCCCGGCGGACUGGCUCCCCCGGCGGCUGAGCGGGGAACUGAGCGGCGUUCUGGUCGGAGAGAGGUUUUGUCCUCAUCGGGCCGCCGCUGCUCUUUCUACGCUGAUGCGGUCGGAGAGCAACGAGCUGCAGAGAAGACUGCACGACCUCUGUGACGCUGUGGUGUCUGUGAUGGGCUGAAAUAAAACCAUCAACUCAAAGAGACGAGUUAUUGAUCCACAGGGAGCUGAUCAAGGGGCUGUUAGUGCCCCCUGGAGGCUGCAGAGUGAACUACAUACAUACAUCUGAAGUGGUAGGGGUCACCAAACAAACAACGUCCUGAUGAUUGAUCUAUUCUGGAGCUGCAACAAGACAUAGAUAAUACAUUUAAAAAUAAUAAGCAGCUAUUUUGUUAAUCAAUCAAACAGUUUUUGCUGUUUUUGGUUCCAACUUGUUGCUACUUUUCAUGGUUUUUCAUAUUUAAUAAUUCAUUUUUUACUUGUUGGCUUUAUGAUUCAUGUUAUUUAUUGUCAUUUGCACAACAAUCACAGAGAUUAUAUACAGCAGUGUCUUAUUUAUCAGUACAUAAACAAUUCACAAAGUGUCAAACAUCACAAAGUAUUAAUUUCGAACAUGAAAUAUCAGUUAAACAGAUUAUGAUGUUUAAUUUCACUAAAUACAGCAAGAAAAUUAUUGUAUUAUGAAAUAUUGUUUAAUGUAUGAAUAUAAAAUGUGUCCUCAAUUACAACAAAAAUGAUCAGGUAGAGUUUCCUGCUAUAAUAAAUACAUGAAAUAAGUUUAUUUUCUUAUUAUGGUGUAAAAACAUGGAAACUUGACCACUGACCUUUCAAAAUAAAAGUAUGACA